CCGCUUUCGAUUUUCAGUACGACGAACAACGUCAACAGUGGCUGUCAGUAAAACAGGAACUUGGCCUUGUUUAUAUUUGAUAACGUGGCAUAGUCAGAUAUUUCAGUUAUUAAUGACAUGGCAGCAUCGACUACUGAAUAAUGAGUCCGAGUGGAAUCCACUUGAAUAAAGCCGUUGUUGUUGUCAUUGUGGGACUUUUCGUUGGAGUCAUCGCCGUGUACAGGUUUUUGCAUGCUCCUAAAAGUAAAACAAUGGCAGACACUGGAAACACUGUGUCCAUCACACUAGGGGACAAGACUUUGCCGAUAUACACCCAGAGUUCCAAACCAGCUGGUGUUCCGAAGUUCGACAUCCUGUUUCUACACGGCAGCUCAUUCACCUCACAGAACUGGGUUGUUAUCAACACACUGAAGCUGGCCUCAGAUGCUGGGUACAAUGCAGUGGCCGUCGAUCUUCCAGGUUAUGGCAAGAGUAGCAAGGUCAAAGUGGACGAUAAAGUGAAGUUCAUGGAAGCUCUUAUUGCUGGCCUGAAACUGUCAAAACCUGUCAUUGUUAGUCCGUCCAUGAGCGGCAGCUUUUCACUUCCAUUCCUGUUUUCUGACCCCGAAUCGGCCACCACACGAGCACAAGGGUUUGUUGCUGUUGCCCCAGUUCAGACAACAACGUAUAAGGAUAAAUAUUCCAAGAGUCAGAUUCCUACGUUGAUCGUGUUUGGAAGUCGUGAUACUAAUUUAGGAGCCGAGAGUAAGACCAAUCUCCAGGCUCUGCCGAAGAAAAAGAUCUUAAUGAUUGAAGGGGCAGGUCAUGCCUGUUAUUUAGACAACCCAGCUGAAUUUCAUAAAGGACUCUUUGACUUUCUCUCCACUUUGUCGAAAUAAUUGGAAACAUAAUGAACUGUUAAACGAUGAUAACUUUUCCCAUGUAAAUUAUUUAUGUAAAUAGGUUAACAAUGUGAUUUCAUUAGUGAAUGAAUGAAUGAGCUGCUUUUUAUUUUAUAAUUUGUUUGUUUUUUUAAUCUGUUGAUUUUGGUUUUCUAAAUGAAAGGUAUUGAUCAGCUACAACCACCAGUUGAAAGAGGGUGUAACCAUUUAAUUAUCCAAAACCCUGGUAAAUGAUAUGCAGUUGAGUCCAUUAUAUUGGUAGGAGGGUGUGACUGUCUAGUCACAGUGAUAAGAGGAUGUAGCCUCGCAGUUAUGUCCAUCACACUCUCAGGAGAUGUGUGGCACUGUGGUUAUUGUCUGUCAUAUUAACGAGUGAGGUGUGGUCUUCAUUAAUGGUAGGGGGUGGGGGACAGCCCUGUGGUGUAAAGCACUGACCUGAUGCGCAGUCACUUUAGGAUCGAUCUCAGUCAGUCGGCAUUGACUAUUUCUCGUUCUAGCCAGUGCACUGUGACUGGUAUAUCAAGGGUCAUGGUAUGUGCUAUCCUGUGAUGUGAAAUGGUGCAAAUAAAAAGAUUCCAUGCCACUAAUGGGAGAAAAAAUGUAGCAGGUUUCCUCUCUAAGACUAUAUGUUAAAAUUACCAAAUGUUUGACAGCCAACAGCCGAUGAUUAAUAUAUCAAUGUGCUCUAGUGGUGUUAAACAAAACAAACUUUAACUUUUAACUUUCAUUAAUGUUUGUCAUGCUGGUAGGGGAGGUGUGGCCUUUUGAUUGUGGGUCACACCGUGGGAGGUAUAACCUUGAGGUCAUGUCUACAAUCAUAUUAAUGAAAGAGGUGUGGCCUUGAUUGAUGUGUGUAACUGGUAGGAUAGGGGUGGCCUUGUGGUUUUGGUCUGUCACAUUAAUGAGAGGGGUGUGGCCUUCAUUGGUGGGUGUCACACGGAUGCCAUACUAGCAAACUACUAAAUGUAUUUUCUCUUUCUUUCUUUUUUAACAUAAGCAAAACAUAAGAAAUAUUAGUGCUGGCACAUUUUGAGCAAUAACACAGUUCACUGUUAGUGUUCUAAACUGAAAAGUCCAUAGUUUUAUCAUUAUCUUUUGAUGAAUUAUUGAAUCAGACUUUUUGUUUGGAGCUAUACAUUGUUGUUGAUUUUUAAAAUCUGAUUUUACACAUGAAAAGUAUUGGACACUGAAGUGGAGAUACCAAUAUGUGUAUUCAACAGGUUAUCAUACUGGUAUGCUUAAAAGUGAAUGUACAUAUCAAUUUCAUUAUUUUUACCAUUUUUUAACAACUUUAAUAGCUAAUGUGGGAUAUAAUCUACUUUUUGAUUUUCAUGGCAUGUAUCUAUAGGGAUAUCGCUACUGUUAUUUUUACUUUUAGUUUAUAGUGGAAUAUACAUUAUAAUAAAGUAGUCAUUGGAAUACAGUAAUUGUUUUAUUGACUGUUUCAGAAUUGCUUCCAUGGCAGUUGUAUAAACCUUUAAUUAAAUAACUAAUUGUAAAAAAUCUAAAGGUAAACAUGAAGAAAAUUAAUCCAGUUUUUACCAGAGUUAUGUGAUAAAACAUAUUGAGGUAUGAAGAAAGCAAAGAAUGUAUAUUUAACAACAUCCCAACACAUUUUAACUCAGGUUUACACACGGGCAUAAGAAUGUGCCAAAACAUGGGAGGGGCACACACCCCUUCCCCCCCCCCCCCCACUUCCUAUGCUAGUGGGUGUACAUGACGUCUUAAACAAGAGGCUGCUUUUACUGAAAAGCAGCAAUUUAUUUUUACCAAAGAGCAGCAAGGGAUCUUUUAUAUACACCUAGAA